AUGGGAAACACAAUCUCAUACAACGAUACGCCGGUCGAAGUCAGCCUCGGCUCCAAGGGCACCAUCCGCGGUGUGCAGCGCGACUCUAAAUCUCGCCGCUACGCAGGAGUCGCUUACGCACUACCGCCGACGGGCGAGUACCGAUGGCGCAAGCCACGACCUCUUCCGUCAACAUACAAGUAUAUCGAUGACAAUGGUGGCGCCUACGACGCUACCAACUUCCGAUCCGUGUGCCCGCAAAAGUCGUUUCACGUCGUUCAAGCCGACGGUGGAGUCACUGCUUACAGUGAGGAUUGUCUUUUUGUUAACAUCUGGACGCCUGUUGCCACCAAUGAAACAGCAAACGACAAGAAAUGGCCCGUUAUGCUGUGGAUUCACGGCGGUUGGUUCCAGAUGGGCGAUCCGUCGCAUGAGUUCGGCAUGGAUCCCACCGAAUUGAUCUCUACAGGCGGUUUGAAUGCUAUUGUCGUCGCCAUUGGAUACCGUCUUAACGUGUUUGGAUUCCUGGCUGGUGAGACCCUGCUUGAAGAAAGCGACGGUGUGUCAGCAGGAAACUUCGGUCUUUGGGAUCAGCGCCUGGCUGCUGAAUGGGUGAGGGAAAACAUAUCCUUUUUUGGUGGAGAUCCGGGAAACAUCACACUUGCCGGUCGCAGUGCGGGAGCCUACAGUGUCGAGGCCCAAAUGCUCUAUGACUUUCGCAAGCCGGGACCUAAGAGUUCGUUGUACCGCCGCGUGUUCAUGGAUUCCAAUGCGAUCCCAGCCCAGCCCAAGUCCCUCGCCGAUGGGCAGAGCCAGUUCGAUGAGCUUUGCAGGUAUCUUGGUAUCGCAGAGUCACUUUCACCAGCCGAGAAGAUGGCAUCUCUCAGAGGCACUACGACAGAAAGACUCGUUGAGUCCAUGGACAAAUUGGAAAAUCAUACCUUUCGGCCCGUCACGGAUGACAUAUUCUUUCACUCUGGCAUGACGGACUACCUUGAGAGCAAGGAGUUUGCAGAUGAGUUUACAUCGCGCGGCUUCAAGAUUUUAAUCGGCGAGGUCCUCAAUGAGGAGACCCUUUACUCCAACUACAACGCUCCUACCGAGCCUACUCUGGAGGCCUUGCGCCUGCAGAUUUCUAAUUACUAUGCUCCUGAUGUCACCGAGAGGGUGAUAAACUGCUAUGACCUUCCCAAGUCGGAUGAUUUGGAUGAAUGGAAGAAAACAUUCGGAAAAAUCAUCUCGGAUGGACAAGUGCGCGCCCCAACAAGGCUUCUAGUCAAAAACCUUGUCGAUAAUGGCGUGGAUGUGAAGAAUGUCUGGCGCUACCUUAUUGCUUACCGAUUGUCCUUCAUUGACGAGAAGGUGGCUCCCAAAUCAUUUGGUGUUGCGCAUGCUAUGGACAAACCAUUUUGGAACUUCGCAAUAUGUUAUGGACCAACGAUGGAGGAGAGGAUACUGAUGGAGGAAUGGAUCAAAAUCUUAGUCGCCUUUGUGAAUGACCUAGACUAUUCCAUAGGCAUCGGAAGUCUGGAGCAGCUCAAGGUCGCCACUCCAGCAGCGACAAUUGAGGUACAACAGGACAAGGCCUGGCACGAUCUCCUACAAAAGGCAAAGAUUUUCAGUGGAAAAUUAGUGUAA